GUAGUGUACAGUCAAUAUACAAAUCUACCAUUACUGCCUUUGCCUGUUUGUCAUUCAUUUUGGGGCAUAUCUGCUAGCAGGAUCAGAAGAAUGCGGAAAUGGCUGCAUCAAGAGAGAGGGAGAAGCUGCACACAGAGCUUCAGGCAGAGCGAGAACUCCGGAAGAAGCUGAAUGAUAAAGUAUCGGAUCAGCAAGAUCGAAUUGAAAUCAUGAUUCAGAAAGAAGAGCAGUUGAAGAGGGAAAUGGCAGCAUUAAUGCAGAUGAGGAAUUCGUGCGUGGAGGAGCUCAAGGUGACCAAUCAUCAGCUUGAGCAGAAUUUGGUCAUGAAGACGAGGGAGCUGGCCCUUGCAAAUGAGAAAGCCGAAAACCAAUGGAGGCUGAUCAAUGCAAUUGACAGAGAAGCAGAGGAAAUUGACUCCAAAGUAAAUGAAACAAGGAUGCUGCUGGAGUCGAAGGAGAAACAAGCUGCUGAGUUGGAAUCAAAGCUCAACAAGUUCCUCACAUGGGAUAUGGAAGUUAUAGCUCUCAUGCUCAUGAUGCUGUGAAGUGCAAACUCCUUCUCCUUUUUUCUUUUCUUUUUUAUUUUUCUAUUAGUGCAGAAAAAUCGGCUUUUCAAUGUUUUCAU